AUGCACAAGCUCAAACCAGCCACGAAUGACUUCUGGAUCUUCGCACUUAGCCCUCUGGUAGUCGUAUUUUCACUGGAAGCACUGAUGAGCGGAUCGAUGCAAGAUACGGGUGCAACUAUACAAAAGAAAAAGAGAGGACACAUCUCGGAUCUCGAAGAAGUGUCCCGCAGUAUACGAGAAGCUACAGUGGGAGCUAUUAGUGAAUCGUUUGAGCAAAACUACAGACACAAAAGGCAAAGAGUCAAGAAGCCGGUGGUGGUAUCAUCAGAAUCUUCAUUCUCAUCCUCAGAGGAAGAAAGUGAGAACCGCCUAUUACCAGCCGGAGCCAACACAAGAAGCCAGACGUCAAGGAAGCUGAACGCAAUUAUCACUUCUGGGUUAAUCGGUGCAAGAGACAACACACAGAAAACUGACGCAAAAUCCCAAGAAUUAGACCAUACUAUCAGUCUAGAACUUGAACCAAUUGCAACACCACCGACAUCGACAUCGACGAUGUCAAACUAUUACACACCCCCUGCUACGGGGAAUGGCACCAGCUUUGUGCCUAUCCAAAAGGACUGCAUGCUGAAUGGUGACGACAACUACAAGGACUGGUCGAAGAGAAUGAUCAAUGCCCUCCAAAUCGAAAGACUCUGGGACCUCGUUGACGGAUAUGAGACUGAGCCAGAGAAGCCGGAUCCAAAUCAAUCUGGUAGGGACUUAGUCGUGUAUUUACAUCCAGCAAGCUUGCGCUUUAGAUGA